GAAACAGUUUAGUCAAUAAACAAAAUUUUUGAAAUUGUCAUGCGCGCGUUAGUUUAGGUCAUAAUUUAUUUCUCAUUUUUCCAAAUUGAAUGUGAAAACAUUUUGGUUUUCUAAAUUUUUCGUCGGGGGAAUACUUUGCUAAAAUUACCGAACAUGGGGGUAACAGUAUUGGAUCAAAUGAAAUGUAUAAUUCGUGAAAUAGAUGAUUGCGGGGGUUGUGGGCCCUGCUGUCCCCCUUGUCCGCCUCCUUGCUGUCCACCUGCAUGUUGCAACCCCGCGGACUGUAAUCCACUUUGCUACCCUCCUUAUGCCCAAGUUUACCUUGGUUGUUGCCCUCUACCUGGCCCGUUACCCUACCGCCCAGAACCUGUCAGACCCUUACAAUUACCUUGUAGACCAAAACCAAAACCGUUAACCCCCUUUGAAAGAGAAGACAAGAGAAUUGAUAAUUUCUACAAUGGGUAUAACGUUGGUUUGUGUAGCCCUGGUGAUAGAGUAAAAUGUAAGGUUGAGCCAGUAUACAAAUCUAACAAGGGGAAAUGUUGUGAUGAUUACAUGAAAAUGAAAAAGUGCUGUUGCGACGCGCCUGGUUGUCCCAGAGGUUUUAAACCAUGCGAGAUGUUACUAACACCGUCUAAUCCGGGCGAUCCUUGCGCAUUAUGGACGGCAAAAAUAUACCCAUGUAAACCGGAACCUAAGAAAAAGACCGACAACGUUUAUCGACCAGGUCCCUGCUGCAGACCAGGAUGUCUGCAUUGGUCUCCACCCGGAGGCCCUUGUCUGUACGAUUGUCCUUGUAAAGCACAAUGUUUCAAUCAUCCACCAGGAAUGAAACCAACGGGUUGUAUUUUUGAAUAUAAAAAGAAGAAGGGCACAUGCUAAGGAAUCAACUUUUUUUUAAGGAGGAAGAAGAGUUCUACGUAUCACUUGUGUCUUGUGUAUUUAUCUGUUA